AUGUCCUGCGAUGACAUGGACUGUGACUCGCGGUCCUUGCCUUGCAUCCUGACAUACAACGGUUGCUUGCCGGCCGUGGUCUUGAACUACUCCCUGAUCCUCGUGCAGCUGCCGGCCUACUUGCUCACCAGCCCCAAGCGCCGCGCCAGGGUUCUUUGGGCUCUCGCCUUCUUCUGGGCCUUCCAGGUGCUGCUGUGUUUCGCGGUGACCUGCAGCGGUGUAUCCAUCGUUUGGUGCGCCAUGCUGGGCUACAGCAUUGGCACAACGUGGGUCUUCGGCGAUGUGAGUUCACCCGCGUGCCGGAUUCGCAAGUUUGUGUCCCACAGCUGGCACGCGGCAGUGUGGUUUAAAGUAUUGAGUUUGCUCUUGGUCUACAACUUGAAGGCAGCUGCUGUCGCUGGUCAGACAGCUGCGUGUCUGAUGAUGGUGCUUUUCAGCUUCGGCAAGUUGCCCGGCUUCGCGCAGGCUCCUUGGAGCUUGUUUGCAGGGGUCCUGGUUUUCCUGGCGGUGCUGGCUUUCCGCCGGCCCCAGGAGCCGGUGUUCCUGGAUCGGCUGUGCAUCAAUCAGCUGAGCUCCAAGGCGAAGGGAGAGGGUGUCUUGUGCAUCGGAGGCGUCCUGAAAGCUUCUGAGGAGCUGUUGGUGAUUUGGGACCGCAGCUACUGCGAGAGGCUGUGGUGUAUCUUCGAAUUGGCCGCAUUUCUCAAGGCUCACGCGGAUGAAGCGACAGUAAAGGUGCGGGUCCAGCCCCUGUCGCUCGCAACCUUGUGCAUGGCGUCCUUUGGAUUGAACGUCGCUUUAUGUGUUGGCUCCAUCACUUUUCCAUAUACCAGCUUUCUGGCAUUCGUGAGUGCCAUGUUGGGUGUGUGCAUCUACGGGUGGAUGAGUGGAACGAUGCUGAUGCAUCAUGGCGAAAACGUCGAGACCAUGCACGGCCAGUUGCAGAGUUUCUCUGCUGCGGACAGCAAGUGCUACUGCUGCUCCAAGGGUCACAACGAACUGGAUGGUUCACACAUGCUAUGCGACCGCCAAAUCAUCCUGCACUGCAUCCAAAAUUGGUUUGGCUCCACUGAGGAGUUCGAAAGCUCAGUGAAGCACCACGUGAGAGGUGCGUUGGCGCACCAUUUGGGCGGGAUGUGUUAUCCCUUCGGCUGGUUGAUAGCCGCACAUCUUCCAACCCUUUGGCUCCAAAUGGAUUAUGCCGCUGCUGCGUGGAACAAAGGUGAACUUGUUGGUGGACUCGAGUACUUCCUCACCGGCAUGUUCGGUCUUUUUGUGGUCUCCCCCUUUGGGGUUGCCUCGAUUUAUCUUUGCGUUCGAUGGACGUCCGGCUGUCAUCCGGUGCUGCGAAAGCUGCUCGCAGCGACUUUCGCUGUGGCCGUGGCAGUUGCCACUCAGAUCAGCUUGACCGUUUGCGUGGACAUGUACUCAGAGACUCCGAUCCUGGGAAGGGCUCUUUGGGCCAGCGUUCUUCUUGUGCCCAGCCUGGUGAUUUGGUGGCGUGCUGCUUGCACGUGA